UGCAUAAAUUUAAGUGAUGGCUCCCCAAAUUGGAAAUGAUUUGGACCAAAUUUUGAAAGACAAAUUUACUACUGAAUUUCGCAAAGAAUAUACCACUAUACAAGGUGUUUGUUUGCCAAAAAAAUAUGAGGAUUUCGCACAAAUAAUUGAAAAUUUCGAAAUAAGAGAUGAUGAUGUUUGGAUUUGUUCUUUUCCUAAAACUGGAACAACAUGGACACAAGAAAUGAUCUGGUGCAUAGCAAAUGACCUGGAUUUUGAAAGAGCAAAAGUUCGCUUGUCCGAAAGAUUUCCUUUUUUAGAGUACUCCAUACUUUUCGAUUACACCACUAUUAUACGACGUCAUCCGGAAAUUGAGCCCUCUCCGUUAAUCUUGGAUAGUGUGGCGUAUAUAAAAAAUUUACCUUCUCCAAGAUUUAUCAAAACUCAUUUUCCUUUUCCCUUACUUCCACGUCAACUUCGAACGGGCGAGAAAAAGGCGAAAAUUAUUUAUGUUAGCAGGAAUCCAAAAGAUACUUGUGUUUCUUUUUAUUACCACACUAGAUUAAUGGAGGGGUAUCGUGGUGAUUUUCACGAUUUCUGUCGCCUUUUUUUAGGAAAUAAACUGAGCUUUGCUCCAUAUUGGGAUCACAUACUUGAUUUCUGGAAGAGGAGAAUCGAUCCAAAUAUUUUAUUUUUGAAAUACGAAGAGAUGAAAUCUGAUCUGCCUACGGUGAUAAAAAAAACAGCUGCGUUUCUUGAUAAAAUUUUAACUAAUGAUCAAGUAGGAACGUUGGCGCAACAUUUGAGUUUCAACAGUAUGAAAUCAAAUCCUGCAGUGAAUUACGAGGAACAUAUAAUAUUGAAUAAACAAAUGAAAUUGAUCAAUGUCGAUGGUGAAUUUAUUCGAAGUGGUAAAGUUGAUCAGUGGAAAGAAGAAAUGCCCGAUAGAGUGAUCGAGGAAUUCGAUAAAUUGACGAAAGAAAAAUUUUCCACGCAAAAUCUUGUUCUACAAAGUUCACCAAUUGAAGCUUUGGUCAAAGAAUACGAUCGAUUAGACGGUGACGAAUAUAAAGGCAAAUGCAUUGGAAAACUAAAUACGUAUCAUCAUGAAGUUUCCGGUGAAGUUUAUGCCGUCGACGAGAAUACGUUAUUGCUGAUUAAUUUUAAAUACGAUGGUAACGGAGCUGAUACAUUUUUCUUCGCUGGUGCAUCCACGCGAGCUGGUCCACACGGUUUUAUCGUGCCUGACGAAUGGGGCAAAACAAAUGUCCUCGAUAAAUAUUUCAAUAAAAAUCUCACUCUUAAUUUGCCAGAUGGUAAAACGAUAGCAGAUAUAAAAUGGUUUGCGAUAUACGACUUAGGAAGUCAGAAUGUAUUCGGCGAUGUGAUUUUUCCCGAUGAAUUUCGUGCACCAGCACCAGCGACGAUUUCUCAAUUAAAAAAAUACUCGCAUGAAGUAUCUUCAGAGCCAAUUGAAAUUAUAGAUUCGAAAACUAUCAAAAUACCAAACUUUAAAUACAAUGGAGAAGGAAAAGAUACGUAUUUCUGGGUAGGAGAUGGCCCACAACCUUCUACAAGAGGAACAAAAGUUCCCGAUGAAUAUGGCUAUUUAGAUUCACUACACGCUUAUAGGGGUGAAGAUGUGAUCAUUCAAUUACCUGGAGAUAUGACAAUUUUCAAUAUCAAUUGGUUAAGUAUUUUCGACGUGGAAACUGCGUCAAAUUUUGGCUCUGUAAUAAUUCCAAAGGAAUUAAACGUGCCUCCUUCGUUAGUAAAAGUGAUCAAGCACACAAACAGUUUGCCAAAUUGUAUUCAACUUCACAAACGAUUUCAAGUUAGCUGGGAAAUAUUUGGUCCACAGAUCACUAUCCAAUUAGCAGGAGACAUAGGUGAGAAUGAAUAUAUGGCGUUCGGUCUAUCUGGAUCUGAAACAUCUAGCCAAAUGGAAGGUGCGGAUGUUGCAGUUGCUUAUUUAGAUAAUAUUAGAGGCUACGUGGUAGAUUACAACAUCACUGCCAAAGCACCAUGUGGAAAAGUUCUUGGUCAAUACAAGGGAGUUUGUAGAGACGAAUUAUUCGGUGGUUUGGAUAACAAUCAGUUGCAUACUGCAUUUAAAGAAAAUGGAAUUACUGUUAUAAAUUACAGACGUACCCUUAACUCAUCUGAUCCAGGAGACAAAGAAUAUCCAACUGAUCGAUCUGUUUACGUGGUAUGGGCCUUAGGAAGAUUGAAUGAAAAUAGAGAGCCGACAUUCCACGAUUUAUAUCUGAAAAAUGAUUUGAAAUUAGAAUUGGCCCGUAAAGAACCUGAAGAUGCGUGCAUGGAUUUUACGGAAAAUAAUGAGCAAUUAGUAGUACCUUGGGAAAAAGUAAAAAUAUAUGGCAGAAGUAUUCGAACGUUCAAAGCAACGAUCGGUCCAUCCGGAGGCAAAAAGGGUUAUCAAGGAAUUACAGGACAACCAUCCACAGGUUUGGCAUGGUAUAUCGAAGGUCGAUUGGUACCUGAAUUAUAUCUACGUCGUGGAUUGACUUAUAAUUUUCGUGUUUUCGGCGGUAAUAAUCCUCACAGCUCGAAUUUAUAUCACCCGUUGAUUAUAACUGAUGAAUUACACGGUGGAUACGAUAAGCUUAGCGAUGCGGCACAAAGUAAUAUUAGAGUUUUAGCUGGAGUUGAAUUUACAAGAAGAGGACAACCGAGACCAACCGCAGUUGGCCCACUUUGCUUGAGCAAACACAAUGGACGAGAUAGAAGACGAGAUGAUGAUUUUGUAACAUUCAAACAAUUCAAUAGAACAUUAAUAAAUACAUGUGAGCCAGGAGAAGGUGGAAAUUUAGAAAUUACACCGAAUUCCACGUGGCCAGACAUUGUUUAUUAUAAUUCAUUUACCCAUGCGAACAUGGGCUGGAAAAUACACAUAGUGGAUAGUUAUUCAUCAAUAUUUGCAGUGGAUAAAAAACCCUUUACUUUUAGCACUAUCGAAAGUGAUGUAGGAGAAAAAUUGGAUAAGAUGUUUGGGGUGAGACCUAGUUUUUUAAAAGUAGAAAAGAAUGCAACGCAUUGUUUAUUACCGCCUCAAUUCGUUUUCUAUGGAAUGAAAAUCAGAGAUAUGGAAGUUUAUGAGGAUGAUGUGUGGAUGGUCUCAUAUCCACGAACUGGCAGUCAUUGGGCGCAAGAAAUGGUAUGGUGUAUCGGAAAAAACUUUGAUUAUAAAAAUGCCGAAAUUUUAACAAUUAUACGUAAUCCGUUGCUCGAAGCAUCGGCGUUGAUGGUCACAGGGAACUGGGUAGAUUUAUUUGUGAAAAUGGGUGAUUCUGUUGAAAAUGUUAUGAAAAUGUCACGACCUAGAUAUAUAAAGUCUCAUCUCCCUUUUGAAUUUUUGCCGCAACAAAUUCAUACAAAAAAACCAAAAAUUAUUUAUGUUACCAGGAAUCCAAAAGAUACAUGUGUUAGCUUUUAUCAUUAUUGUAAAAAAUUUCAUAGCAUGACGGGAAGCUUCGAGGAUUUUGCUGAGUUAUUUUUAGAAGACAGUGCACCGAUAAGUCCAUUUUGGAAUCACGUUUUACAAUUUUGGAAAAUGAAAGACCAAGAAAAUGUAUUAUUUUUAACUUAUGAGGAAAUGAAAAAGAAUCAAAAAGAAAUGAUUAGAAGGACAGCAAAAUUUAUGGGAAAAACUGUGACAGACGAACAAAUUGCUGAUCUUAGCGAGCAUUUAAAAUUUUCAAAGAUGGCUGCUAAUCCCGCCACAAAUUUGGAACAGAUUUUACCAUUGAAAGAUUUGCCCGAAAAUGAGAAAUUUAUAAGAAAGGGCAAAGUCGGUGAUUGGAAAAAUUACAUGUCCGAAAAAUUAUCUCAAAGAUUUGAUGAAUGGACCGAGAAACACUUAAAUAAUAGUAGUCUCGAAUUUAACAAGGCAUUGAUUUCAUAUAACGAGGAAUGA